GUUGCCAGCUUCAGGUUGAUAGCCGGUUAGAAAGCUACAUUGCCAAAUCCUCUCAGUAGGUCGUGAAAUACCAAGCUAAGGCAUGGAUUUCAUGUGUGCAGCUGUUUAAGAUGUAAACGCUCAAUUAACUGUAAUGUUUAAAGGGCGUCACAUCAAUAUUGUUGUCACUGAAAGUUUUGUUUUUGGUCUAUAGCAGCUAGCUGGUUUGCUAGCUAAUCAGUUGAAAAUCUGCAGAACGCCAUCUUGGAUUCGCACCCGAACAGAUUUCAACAUGGUGGACAAGCAUAUCUACAUUGUUCAAGGGGAGAUCGCAACGGUAGUGGGUGCCAUCAAGAGGAACUCCAGGACCACACACACUCCCCUGGACGAAGAACAGGAUCCUCUCCUCAACAGCUUCAGCCAUCUGAAGGAAGUCCUGAACAGCAUCAAAGCUCUGUCUGAUGUGGAGCCCAAUGUCUUCCUGAGGCCCUUCCUGGAAGUUGUGCGUUCCGAAGACACUACCGGACCAAUCACGGGCCUCGCUCUCACCUCCGUCAACAAGUUCCUCUCUUAUGGCCUUAUAGACUCCAAUCAUGAAGGGGCAGCCGAGGGCAUCGAGAACAUGGCCGACGCCGUCACACACGCACGCUUCGUGGGCACCGACCCCGCCAGUGACGAGGUGGUGCUGAUGAAGAUCCUGCAGGUUCUGAGGACACUGCUGCUGACGCCGGUUGGAGCCCAUCUGACCAAUGAGUCUGUGUGUGAGAUCAUGCAGUCAUGCUUCAGGAUCUGCUUUGAGAUGAGACUCAGCGAGCUCCUGAGGAAGUCGGCGGAACACACACUGGUGGACAUGGUGCAGCUGCUUUUCUCCAGAUUGCCCCAGUUUAAGGAGGAGGCCAAGAGCUUCGUGGGGACCAACAUGAAGAAGUUGAAGAUGCGUGCAGGGGGUAUGAGCGAGUCGUCCAAGUGGAAGAAGCAGAAGCGUUCGCCCCGCCCCCCUCAUCACAUGGUCCGCAGCGCCUCGGGAUCAGUGGACGCCAGCAGCAACAGCCAAUCAGGCCUGCCGUACGUAGAGCAGUCGGGGCUGCCGGUGUCGGACAGCGUGUCGUCCAUGUCCAGCCCCACGACGGACAGCGGGCUGGACUCGGGCUCCAAGACCACCUCCCGGGAGGACCUCUCCGACCUGGAGCAGCCCAGCUCCACGGCAACCACACCGCUCAGCCCCGCCUCCGACUCCUGCACUCCCCACGCACAGUGCGAUGUGGAGCGUGCCCAGUCGGCCUCGGUGGAGUCCAUCCCGGAGGUGUUGGAUCGGGACUCCUUGGCUGACCAGUCCGACUCCACCUCUGUCCACGACAUGGACUACGUCAACCCAAGAGGAGUCCGCUUCACCCAGUCCACUCAGAGAGAGGGUGCAGCUCUGAUCCCCUACGGGCUGCCGUGUCUGCGGGAGCUGUUCCGCUUCCUGAUCUCGCUGACCAACCCGCACGACCGGCACAACUCGGACGUGAUGCUGCACAUGGGCCUGCAGCUGCUCACCGUGGCCCUGGAGGCUGCGCACAUCGCCCCCUACCAGUCACUGCUGGUACUGGUCAAAGACGAGCUCUGCAGGCACCUCUUCCAGCUGCUGAGUGUGGACCGGAUCAACCUCUACGCUGCCUCCAUCAGAGUGUGUUUCCUGCUCUUCGAGGGCAUGAGGGGGCACCUCAAGUUCCAGCUGGAGAUGUACCUGAAGAAGCUGAUGGGGCUGAUCACGUCGGAGAACCCCAAGCUGGCGUACGAGAUGAAGGAGAUGGCGCUGGAUGCUCUGGUGCAGCUGUGGAGGAUCCCCAGCCUGGUCACCGAGCUCUACAUCAACUACGACUGCGACUUCUACUGCUCCAACCUCUUCGAAGACCUCACCAAGCUGCUCUCGAAGAACGCCUUCCCAGUGUCUGGGCAGCUCUACACCACACACCUGCUGUCUCUGGAGGCGUUGCUCACCGUGAUUGACAGCACAGAGGCCCACUGCCAAGCCAAGGUGCUCAACAGCUCAGCGCAGCAGGACCAAUCAGAGACCCUGACGUCUGAGGGGGAGGGGACAGCCAACGCCAGCGCUGAGACUUUGAAGGUGGACGGAUCUUCGCCAGGAACCACCAAUGGCGUCACAGCGGCAGCUGAGGCCACGCCCACCUGCCCGCCCACCAGCGGCCACCUGAUGGCAGAGAAGAUGAAGCUGGGACGACAAGAGCAGGAGGAGGCCGACACCGCAGAGAAGAAGACCCCUAAGAAGCCCCACAGGUUCUCCACCUGCCUACCCGACUCCCAGGAGCUCAACGACAUCAAGAUCAAGAAGAAGCUGCUGAUCACCGGUACGGAGCAGUUCAACCAGAAGCCCAAGAAGGGCAUCCAGUUCCUGCAGGAGAAGGGUCUGUUGAGCAGCCCCAUGGACAACAGCGAGGUGGCCCAGUGGCUCCGGGAGAACCCGCGCCUGGACAAGAAGAUGAUCGGAGAGUUCGUCAGCGACCGCAAGCACAUGGAGCUACUCGACAGCUUCGUCAAUACGUUCCAGUUCCAGGGCUUGCGUAUAGACGAGGCGUUGCGCUUGUAUCUGGAGGCCUUCCGGCUCCCCGGCGAAGCCCCGGUCAUUCAGCGCCUCCUGGAAACCUUCACCGACAACUGGCAUAAAGUGAAUGGCUCUCCCUUCAUGACCAACGAUGCUGGAUUUGCUCUGGCCUACGCCGUCAUCAUGCUCAACACUGACCAGCACAACCACAACGUCCGCAAGCAGAACAUCCCCAUGACCGUGGAGCAAUUCAAAAAGAACCUGAAGGGCGUCAACGGCUCCAAAGACUUUGACCAGGACAUGCUGGAGGAUAUCUACAAUGCCAUCAAGACUGAGGAGAUUGUGAUGCCAGACGAGCAGUCGGGUCUGGUGAAGGAGAACUACGUGUGGAGUCUGUUGCUGCACCGCGGGGCCACGUCCGAGGGCCUCUUCCUACACACACCGCCCGCCAGCUACGACCACGACCUGUUCAGCAUGACCUGGGGCCCCACCAUCGCCGCCCUCUCCUACGUCUUCGACAAGAGCCUGGACGACACCAUCAUACAGAAGGCCAUCGCUGGCUUCAGGAAAUGUGCAAUGAUCUCGGCUCACUUUGGCUUCAGUGACGUGUUCGACAACCUCAUCAUUUCCCUCUGCAAGUUCACUACCCUCAGCAGCGAGUCGGUGGAGAACCUGCCCACGGUGUUCGGUAGUAACCUGAAGGCUCAGGUUGCAGCCAAGACGGUGUUCAGCCUGGCCCAUCGCCAUGGCGACAUCCUGCGCGAGGGCUGGAAGAACAUCAUGGACUCCAUGCUGCAGCUGUUCAGAGCCGAGCUGCUGCCCAAGCCCAUGGUGGAGGUGGAGGACUUUGUGGAGCCGAAUGGAAAGAUCUCUCUUCAGAGGGAAGAGACGCCAUCUCAGAGAGGGGAGUCUGCGGUGUUGAGCUUUGUCAACUGGUUAACUCUGAGUGGGGCAGAGCAGUCUGGUCUCAGAGGGCCGUCCACCGAGAACCAGGAGGCCAAACAGGCCGCACUGCUCUGCAUUAAGCAAUGUGACCCAGAGAAGUUGAUCACAGAGAGCAAGUUCCUCCAGUUGGAGUCUCUACAGGAGCUUAUGAAGGCGUUGAUCUCGGUGACGCCUGAUGAAGAGACGUAUGACGAGGAGGACGCUGCGUUCUGCCUGGAGAUGCUGCUGCGGAUCGUCCUGGAGAACCGGGACCGAGUGUCGUGUGUGUGGCAGACGGUGAGGGAUCACCUGUGUCAUCUGUGUGUCCAUGCCAACGAGAGCUGCUUCCUGGUGGAGAGGGCCGUGGUGGGGCUCCUCAGACUGGCCAUCCGACUACUGAGGAGAGAGGACAUCAGCUCCCAGGUGCUGCUGUCGCUGCGUCUGCUGCUGAUGAUGAAGCCGCAGGUGCUGUGGCGUGUGAGUCGAGAGGUGGCCUACGGCCUGCACGAGCUGCUCAAGACCAACGCGGCCAACAUCCACAGCACGGACGACUGGUACACACUCUUCUCCCUGCUCGAGUGCAUCGGCGCCGGGGUCAAGCCGCCCGCAGCCCUGCAGAUGAGCGCUGGGAACACCGACCACGAUACAGGAGCCCAGUCGGACAGUGAGGUGAGCUCCCACCACCCCAGCGAGGUGUCGGUGGACCGCGGCUACACGUCGGACUCGGAGCUCUACAACGAGCAGCACGCCAAGAGCCGCAUGCCCCGCUCCACCACCGACGUGGACGUAGCUACCAGCGGCUGGCUCGUGGUGGGUAAGGAGGAUGUGGACAGCAGUAAGGUGUGUGUGGGUGUGGGCGGCUCCAGGCCGCUGCUGUCCCCGCUGGUGAACCAGUACAGCCUGACGCUGGGGCAGGACAUGGGCCUGCACGACACCAAGUCCCUCAUCAAGUGCACCGAGUCGCUCUCCUUCAUCGUGCGGGACGCCGCGCACGUCACACCCGAGAACUUCGAGCUCUGCGUCAAGACCAUCCGCGUGUUCGUGGAGGCCAGCCUCAACGGAGGCUACCGCACCCAUGAGAAGAAGAAGAGCCACAAGUACGACAAGUCGAGUCGUCUGCGGAAGAAGCCUCGCGAGAAGGACGUGGCCUCCCGCCGCGCCAAGGCCAGCCAGCGGCUGUCCCGUUCCCAUAGCGACGACGAGGAGGACGAGGGCGUGCCGGCCAGCUACCACACGGUGUCUUUACAGGUUAGUCAGGACCUGCUGGACCUGAUGCACACGCUGCACACGCGUGCUGCCAGCAUCUACAGCUCCUGGGCCGAGGAACAGCGCCACCUAGAGGCUGCCGGCAGGAAGAUCGAGGCCGACUCUCACACACUCUGGAGCAGCUGCUGGUGUCCUUUGUUGCAAGGUAUGGCGUGGCUGUGUGUUGAUGCGAGGCGGCAGGUGCGCAUGCAGGCCCUGACCUACCUCCAGAGGGCGCUGUUGGUGCACGACCUGCAGACACUGGACGCAGCUGAGUGGGAGUCCUGCUUUAACAAGGUGCUGUUUCCCCUUCUGACCAAGCUGCUGGAUAACAUCAGUCCUGCUGACGUAGGAGGCAUGGAGGAGACACGCAUGAGGGCAUGCACACUACUCUCAAAGGUGUUCCUGCAGCAUCUCUCUCCUCUGCUCUCUCUGCCCACCUUUGCUGCUCUGUGGCUCACCAUCCUGGACUUCAUGGACAAGUACAUGCACGCCGGCUCCAGUGAUCUACUGCUGGAGGCGAUCCCUGAGUCUCUGAAGAACAUGCUGCUGGUGAUGGAUACGGCCGGCAUCUUCCUGAGCUCCGACUCCCGCACCGGAUACUCGGCACUCUGGGAAAUCACCUGGGAGCGCAUCGACUGCUUCCUGCCUCACCUCAGAGAGGAGCUCUUCAAGCAGGCCGUCAUGCCCGAGCCUGUGCCCAGUGUGCCUGUUGAGCCCCCCCAGCCUGCGGCCCCCUCCCCUCCCCCCACUGAGCCCAAGGCCCCGAGCCGACCGGCCUCCCCCCAGGACACCACAGCCCCACCUAGUGCCAACGGUACGGACCGAUCGUCCCCAGUGCCCCCCCCCACCCCGCCUCUGCCCACCCCCGUCAAGAUGUCCCCUCCCCCAGAGUCGCCCCCGUCUCUCAGCCAAUCACCGCUCAUCCUGCAGCCGCUGGCCUCGCCCCUACAGGUGGGCGUGCCGCCCAUGUCCCUGCCAAUCAUCUUAAACCCCGCCCUCAUCGAGGCCACCUCCCCCGUUCCCCUUCUAACCGCCCAGCGACCUAUUGACCCCGCCGACCCCACGGAGGUCAAGUAACUCGUGACCCCCACGCGACCCCCACUCCUCCACCCCCCUUUAACCCAUACCAUCAGUGCUGGACAGGAAAUGACAUAAUCACUCAGAAGGAAAUGACUUCACCAAGGGCCUGUGACAGAGAAUGAAGCAUAACUGGCAGCAUGGUCACCAUGUACAAAGCAUACACACACACACACACUUACAACAGCAAAAUUGGUGGCCCAUAUACACACACACACACACACACACACACACACACACACUCUUUUUUACAAAAGCAGCAGUUGUGUAGCAUUGUCAGGUGUAGCUAUAUAGUCAGGCUGAGUCCUCCUGUGUUCGAGCCACCCUCUCAAACUGCGCUAUUUAUUAUUCUAAUGACUAUUAUUAUUACUAAGAUUAUUCCACUGUAAGCUAGAGACUGGAGGACCGCAGUGCUCUAUACUAGGCCUGAAUGCACACACAACCCACCGUUAACGUCGACAUCCAUCUAUCGAGCUGACCGACCGUUAACGUCGACAUCCAUCUAUCGAGCUGACCGACCGUUAACGUCGACAUUCAUCUGUCGAGCUGACCGACUAACCGAGUGCCCCCGAGCUCCUGGUUGACCACAGACCCGCGCAGGACUCCGGCGGAAGACAGCCGCUCGACCUCAGUAGGCGCUGCACCUUAGUGUGCACGCAGACCUGCAGUCUCAACAGCAGGGGGCGCUCUUCUAACAUGGAGCAGGAGUCUGGGGGAACUCUCAAACACACACACACACACACACACACACACACACACACACACACACACACACACACUCUCAAACAAACAAACAAAACACACAGAUCAUUCUAUUUUUAAUAUGAAAUGCGCUACAACAUGAAAUCCUUUAGGGAAAUCCAAAGAGUUAAUUAUUAUUCCACGGGCGGGUUUUGGGCGUCUUCCUAGACGUGACCCUUCGAUCUGACCUGCUGGUGGGGUCACAUGUCUGGGAAGCGCUCGUCCAGCUCCCUAUCAGAGGCCACAGCACCUUCAGGCUACUUGCUAUUCCACCCGUGAGCGGUCGCCGUGGAGCUCUUAUUGUGAUGCAGCAGCCGUUCUAGAACAUUCCUCCAUGGGUGGGAGUGGUUAGUCACGAUGGGAGGGGUUACGGGGUAGGAGAGGGUGUGGCUAAUAGCAGAUUUAGCCUUUUGAAUUCCAGAGUCAGGUUUUUUUUAAUUUUAUUGUUGUCAUUUUUAUUUUGAAAUGAUUUUCACGUCUUAAAGAGAUUAUUUAAAGAGCAGUUGUGUUGCGUUGCCUUGUGUAAUACGCGUGCUUUGUACGGCAUGUCGAUGUGAUGUGGUCACCACGGCUCCCAGCUGGAGGGUCCAGUCCUAGUGGUUGGUCAGUGAAGUCACACGAUGGUCACACGCUGUUUGAGACGGAUGGUGUGUAGUGACCAGGGCGCGAGCACAGGAGAAGAGAGCCGUGGGCGCCAAACCCCCAGAACCUCCAGAUCAGCCCAGAGAAUCUCCCUCACCGUGGUGCUCAGGACCUACUGGACUCCACUCACCAGUAGCCUUAUGGCAGCCAUGUCCCCAGCACACACACACACACACACACACACACACACAGCGUAACACUAUGAAGGUGAUGGCCCUCCCCUCUCUCUGUCUCUCAUAACACACACACACACUCUCACACACACACAUCACCAGAGGAGGAGGGGGCUGCUUAUAGUCUUUGGUAAAGGAUGUUUUUGUUUAGACCGGAUCCACACACGGAACAGGGCCAGAGGAGAGGGCUAGAACCGGGUUCCUUUGGUUCUCUCCUCAGUCCUGACGCAAGGCAGGGCUAGAACCGGGUUCCUGUGGGUCUCUUCUCAGUCCUGACGCAAGGCAGGGCUAGAACCGGGUUCCUGUGGGUCUCCUCAGUCCUGACGCAAGGCAGGGCUAGAACCGGGUUCCUUUGGUUCUCUCCUCAGUCCUGACGGUUGCGUCUGUGUGAGCUCAAUUCUGUAUGUUGUACUGCAUUCUUAGCUGAAAUCAGGAACUAAUUUUGAGCUAAACCUGGAAAUAUUGUGUAUAUAUAAAUAAAUGGCCAUGUACUUUUUAUUAUGUAAUAAAUAUAAGGUAAACAA